UGAAGGCAACGCGAGCCCAUAGCAACCACUGCUUGCAUUCUUUACAUCCUAGCAACCAUGGAGGACGAGCUUUUAUCGAUAGAAGCAAAAGAAAAGCACCCCAUCGAUAGACAUAAAGAACUUCUUCACAACCGAAUUAAAGAACUAAGGUGUUCUAAUCAAGUCCUCCUGGCAGAAAAUGUCAUGUUUGAACAUUUUAUUGGUCGUCUGAAUCCUCAGGACAUGGAGUCCAAAGCUGGGGGAGAAGGUCCACAAUCAAGACGGGCUUCCAAAAUGGAUGAUGGGGGAGCUGAGAGGAGGCAGAGGCCUCAGUCCAACUUAUCAGAGCUCCUCCAGCUGCUGACAUUGGAGCAAAGACUUUAUGUGGCACAGAGAGAACUAACUGAGACACAGACAGACCAGGAAAAGCUCAAAACGAAAUAUGAGAGAAUUACGGAUAACUACAAGUCCUCUUUGAAAGAAGCUGAACUGCGUUUAACUGAGAUCAAGAAGGCCAAGAAAGCGUUUGAACGCAGAUUCUUAAAGCCUACAAAUCACAGUCGUCUGGAAAUGAACGAGCCAGAGAAGGUGCUCCAGUACAUUGAAGACAAAUCAAAGGUCACCCAGUUGGAAAAGUUUAAUCAGAAGAAUCAAGCAUUGAAAGUCCAAGAGAUGAAGCUCCUGCAGCAGCUCCAACAGAAAAAAGAGAAGAGAAAAGCAGAAGAUGAGGUAUUUUUCCAGGAAUUCACUGAACUUCAAAUGGACAAAAGCCUUAAUGAACUUCAACACAACAGUUCUAAAGUUCAGCGUCUCCUCAGCUCACACAAGGAGAAGCUGCAGAGGUUAACACUGGAGUCCACGGAACUGAGCAAUGACAUUUCUAAAAGAACGGAAAUACUUGCAAAACUUGAGAAGAAGAUACAGCAUGCGGCGAAGGAACGUUUAAAGGCAGAGGGCCUCAACAAACUCCUGCGCAAAGAGCUCACAGAUUAUCAGGCUCCUGAUAUCACAGAGUAUAUUUAUGCCAAGGAAAAACACAAGAAGCUGCUACAAAGCAUUCACCACUGGGAGAGAAAAGUUGGAAUUGCUGAGAUGGCCUUGAAGACUCACAGUAGGGAGUGGAGAAAACAGAGAGUCGCUCGUACUCCUGCAAACAGUACAGAGGCUGGAAGUCGGUUGUUUUGCAAAGGAGGCACAGCAUGUCUGGAUGUUAGCCAGAGGAGGGACGUCUGGAGUUCAUCAGAGCACUAAAACACGCUCCCUGGAAGAAUCUGCAGCUGUCGAAGCAGCACCUCUGUCCUCUGUGUGAACCUGGACCGGCUUACUCAAAACAACACCUAUUCUGACAGGCCUGUACUCGUAAUACAGAGACAGAGAGCAGGGCAUAAAUGUUCCUUUAACCUCCCACUACAAUGCACUAGGUUGCAACAAUUUUACAUCUUCUCCCUUUAGACAUUUGUUUUACUCCAUACAAGGCAGAAAUUGUAGGACAUUCAACUUAUAAUGGCUCAAGUAGGCUCAACAUUUUUAUAAUGUGUAAUACCUAAGUCUUCUGUAAUAGCUGUAAUGUUUAAACAAUGCUCCUGUUAUUAGCAUCAUCAUUUUCAAAAUAGUGAAACAGCUUCAUGACCAAAUUUUAUUCUAACUAUAAGAAACAUUAAAAACUGAAAUCAGGUUUCUCUUUUAAAAUGGGUAACAAUAUUUAGCAGUUAAUAUUGUAUUCUCUGAAAAGCCCACAAAUUAAAAUAUUAGAUCAAUGAUAUCUGGUAACUGAUGUAUGUAGGAUCAAUGAUUUCAAUUUGUUCCCUGUGAUGAACAAGAAGUGAAUUACCCAGCCGCUAAUCACUUCCUGGAGACAAAUGGCUUCCAUUUGAGAGUUUACAUCUGCCUAAUAAGUGCUGUCUGAGCCAUAAUCAUUAAGAUUUAGAAGCAGCUUCAUUACUGUGCUACACAAGAAGCAAUAAUAAGUACAGAACUAAUGGACCAUGAGGGUUUUAAGAAAGAGGAUUCAAAAGCUAGAUGCAAAGCUACACAAUUUAGCAAUGUUGUUACAAAAUUACAUUAUUGCAUUACUGAUAACAUGAUCCAAGAAGUCUCAGAUAAAAAAAAAAACGGAAAGGAGUUUUAGUCGGACGUUUAUAUACACUUAUCAGCAGCAUGAAUUUGCUUGGUGUCCUGUCAUGGAUGCUGCUUUUAAACAGUCCACACAUUUUUCAAUAAGUUUGAUGUUGUGGCCAUUUCAGAAGCACUGGCAGCGAAACAGACCCUCAGCGUGAUACGUCUACCUACAUGGUUUAUAGCUGGCAGAUUGUUCUCAGGCUCUAAAGGCUCCCCCUGCCUACCAUAAACAUACCGUACUUCUUGUCAUUCUUGCCAGAUAACUCAAUCUGUGUCUCUUCUGACCACAUAACCUUUUUCUAGAAUGUUUUUGGCUUGUCUAAGCGGGUACCUCCAGGUUUCAGCUUGGCUUAUAAUUGUCGAUUUUGGAGAACGCACUUUUCCUUGGUCAGCACCAUCAGCACCCUCUCUUGCCUUGUUGAUCCUUCCACUGUGGAGAUGGACACUAAAGUGCCAGCAGUUUGCAGUUCAUGGUAGAUUUUAGCAUUGGUGGUUGCUAGAUUGUUGCUGUUCUUAACCAGUUUACUGUCAUCUGAGGGUGACCAUUACAGCCUGAUGAUUGAAACUUGGGUACAGUUGGAUAUUUCAACAGAACAAAGAUCAGAAAAAGAGUUUUGAAAUGGAUAAAGGAGGCUAUCAUUCCACUUCUGGGAUGUCCUUGUGAUGUCAAACCUUUGGAAAGGCAUGGUUCAUGCCAAAACAUGCACCUAUUUAAAUGACCUCUCCCAUUUAAAGGUCGAAUAUCAAGCCAGAAUUAUCUCUGGACCUUUAUUGUUACAAAAAGCAUUUAUUUUUUUCUUUCUAUGGGGCAAAGACACAAACAUUGGUGGGGUGUGGUUUGGUAUUUGAGCCUGUAGGAAUAAUUUUGACCCCAUUUGGAUGAAAGAAAAUCCCCAAUAAAAUAAAACUAGAGCACCCAAUUCUCAUGAUUAAAAAUAAUGAAUGUUAUAUGUUGCAAUUUAAGUUCAGAAAAAAAAGAACAGUUUAACUAAAUCAUUAAAAGCCUCAAAUUACCAUGACUUCCAUGCCCCAUCUUUUUUCUGACUGCAAUGAAGAUUUUGUAAACAACAGCAGGAGCAACUCAGAAACAGCAGGUGGCGCAGUGCACAUUCAUAUAAGUAGCCUUCCACCGGGACAAAGUGUACACUUGCUGUUAGUACACUGACAGCUCACUCACUGCCUAUUACUGCUUUAGGGGAUAAAGGAAAGGAUUUAUCAUGAAAUAGUCUACAAGUUUUUCAUCAAAUCAAAAAACUGACAGACAGCUCUGGUCACAUAAUUGUGAC